AUGGAUAUGAUCAAAGUUAGCCCAGUGGGAAAAUGUGGUAGACACAUUUGGGACGAAAAGGGACGUGACCAAAUUGCUGGAAUUUUUAUUUCCUACGCCGAAGACAUAGUUUUUUCACUUCAGUUCAUGUUCUAUGAGAAUGGCGACUUAAUUAUGCCUGGAAAACAUGGUAGUAGAUCCCAUAAUCAGCGCGGAGACUAUUGCGCAAUUGUCUUUGAUUAUCCAUCAGAAUUUCUUAUUUCGAUCGGUGGUUCCUUCGAACAAAUGAAUAAAAAGCUUACAGUUUUGAGUUCAAUUAAAUUUGGCACCAACAAAGGUUCUUAUGGACCAUUUGGUACACCUUCUACUGAAAAUGUGGAUAAGACUGAUUUCUUCAACUUUCAGAUAGGAAAUUAUCGUCUUUUUGGUGGUUUUUAUGGAAGUCAGAAUGACGAUAGUAUUGAGAGUAUUGGUUUCUAUGUCAAAGCCAUCCCAUCCUCUAUUAUCAAUUUGAAAGAUUCUACAGUGAAUGUUAAAAAGGAAAAAGAUGAAGAAGAUUAA